AAUGCUUCUUCCCAAAAUACAGAAGCUCCAACAUUUCCAUUCUCAUUCCCAUUUUACCCUUCUCAAUUCUCUGAUUCAAUUUUUCAAUGGCGGCAAUGCUCAAUUUCACCGGCCUCUCCACCGGACCACUCCAAUUCUCCGAUGACUGUUCCUCCUCCGUCCGGAAACCGAGCUCCAAUAGCUCAAAUCGCCGCACGGUUUCCGUCCGAGCCUCAUCUGCAGUUGUCGACACACGGAGACCGGCGACAAGUCUCUACGAAGUUCUUCAAAUCAAGCCGGGAGCAUCUCAUUCGGAGAUCAAAUCGGCUUACCGCAGUCUGGCGAAGGUUUACCAUCCCGACGCGGCGGCGCAACGGUUUCCGGAGUGUGGCGACAGAGACUUCAUCGAGAUCCGCAAAGCUUACGAGACGCUUUCUGAUCCAUCAGCGAGAGCGAUGUACGACAUGUCGUUGAUGGCGGCACAGUGCGAGAGGAAUAGGCAGUUUUCGGCUUCGAUGACACCGAAACGGUAUUCUUCGGGAUAUACAAGAUGGGAAACGGAUCAAUGCUGGUAGAAAGCGUUCAACUUGUUUCGGAUAAAAUCAAAGAAACUUCACAGAAAAGAAAAGAAAAGAAAAACAAUUGAAAAAUAGGAAAUUAGAAAGAGAGUGAUGAGAUUUGAAAUUGCUAGUUUAGCAAAGUGAAUUCUGUUACUUCGUUUGGUGAGAAUGUAAAUAUUCUUUUUCUUAAAUUAGUCGGUAAAUUUUAAAAAGGAAGUAAAAGAAAUUGUUGCAGAAAUAGUUGCUACUCUCUCCGAAUUAAAUAUCAAAUAGAGAAGGGUUAUAUUUAUUUCAAGAGUAAUUCAAUCUAGUGGUUAAAAAGAAUAAGUAAUUAAAUGUGGAGAGAGAAAAUUACUUAUUAUUUUUAACCAUUAAAUUGAGAAGAAUCUAUGGUGUAGAUUUGGAGUAAGUUAUAAUAACUUUACCUGGAGUAAAUAUAAUCCUUGCCUC